AUUUUUCUAUAUUAUAUAGAGAACUAAUAUUUUUACUUUUCUAAAAAAAUCAGAAAAACGAAACUGCUAGUUUUCAUGAAAUAUGAAUAAAGUUUUCAAAAGUUCUUAUUUUCCUUCAAUCAAAUGGGCAAAAAAAAAAAAAACAAAAAAAAGGGCAAAAAAUUAGAAAGAAAGAAAAAAUUCACCACACUUUUCGGGGGACCAAACCAACCCCUCAGAGAGAAAACUAUUAUUUAGGAUAUAAUUUUUUAAAACUUUUACUGUGGUCAUGGACUCAUCGGCCCAUUAAUCCUUUUUUGUUUUAUUUUUUUAAAUUUUGAGAAAUAACUAAAUGAUGAUGCAUGGGAAAAUGGAGAAAACUGAGAAGUUUCCAAUGGCGCAGACGCCCGAGCCUAUCGACGUGGAAGCAUACGACCACGGGGUCCUCGUGGAUGCCAAAGACCCGGUCUACGAGAUCGUCCCCGACGACGACCGUGUGUACGCCGAGGAUCUCCAGCUCCAGGAAAUCAUCAUGCAGUCGACCCAGCCCACUAGCACUAAUAACAAGGACGGCGAGCCCUCGUGCUCCCGGUCCAGGUCCCUCUGCGGGAUCUGUUCGGGCACCGGGUGCACGCACUCCGUCUCGAUCGAACGGUUGCGAGGCGCCGAUCAAAUCUUCCGCGUCGCCAUCACCGGCGACUUCGACGGCGAAGCGCUCAUGAAGCUCGUGAACGCCAUAUACGACGCCGCGCAUCGCCCCGCGGGGGAGAAGGGGAAGGAGAAGCUACAAUUCGGAGAAUCGGCGUCGCUGCCGAUCGCGGUCGAGGAGGAGGAGGAGGCGACGGAGUUCCACUGCGGGAUCUGCAUGGAGUCGCGGCCCAUCGCCGAGCGGUUCGGCGUCGAGAAUUGCUCGCACAUUUUCUGCGCCGGGUGCGUCGGCCGCUAUGUCGCUGCCAAGGUGGAGGAGAGCGUGAUUUAUAUCCGCUGCCCCGAGCCGGAGUGCCGGGACGGGGUUCUGGAGCCGGAGCCGUGCCGGCGGAUCAUCCCGCGCGAGGUUUUCGACCGCUGGGGGCUCGCGCUCUGCGAGGCGGCGGUCGGGGACAAGAAAUUCUACUGCCCGUACAACGACUGCUCGGUAUUGCUGAUCGACGAUGGCGAAGGCGGCGACGCGGGUGCGAUAACGGAUGCGGAGUGCCCGCACUGCCACCGGAUGUUCUGCGCGCAGUGCAGGGUGCCGUGGCACGGCGGGGUGGCGUGCGAGGAGUUUCGGAGUCUGGGGGAGGACGAGAGGGGGCGGGAGGACCUGAUGCUCAGGCGGCUCGCGGCCGACGCGCGGUGGCAGCGCUGCCCGCAAUGCAAGAUGUUCGUCGAGAAGACCGGCGGGUGUAUUCUCAUGAGCUGCAGAUGUGGAUAUUGCUUCUGCUACACUUGCGCGUCUCCAAUGUCGACGGCUAGCCAUUACUGUUCCAAGUGUAAACGCUAAUUUGGAGAUCCAAAGGUGUUUCGAUAUA